GCCUGGGCUGUCGGCCGGCCUGGGAGGAGGAAGGAGUCUGCAGCGUGCGGUGUGAGGGGCGGGACCCGGCUGCCUGCGGAGGGCCUAGCUGGGGGAGGCCGGGCCAUGCUGGUGGGCCAGGGCGCGGGGCCGCGGGGGCCCGCGGUGGUCGCCGCCGCGGUGGUGCUGCUGCUGAGCGGCGUGAUGCCGUCGCACGGCCCGGAGGACAUCGUGGGGGGCUGCGGUGGCUUCGUCAAGUCGGACGUGGAGAUCAACUACUCGCUCAUCGAGAUAAAGCUGUACACCAAGCAUGGGACUUUGAAAUACCAGACAGACUGUGCCCCUAAUAAUGGUUACUUUAUGAUCCCUUUGUAUGAUAAGGGGGAUUUCAUUCUGAAGAUUGAGCCUCCCCUAGGGUGGAGUUUUGAGCCGACGACCGUGGAGCUCCAUGUGGACGGAGUCAGUGACAUCUGCACAAAGGGCGGGGACAUCAACUUUGUCUUCACUGGGUUCUCUGUGAACGGCAAGGUCCUCAGCAAAGGGCAGCCCCUGGGUCCUGCGGGAGUUCAAGUGUCUCUGAGAAACACUGGGACCGAAGCAAAGAUCCAGUCCACAGUUACACAGCCCGGCGGAAAGUUUGCAUUUUUUAAAGUUCUGCCUGGAGAUUAUGAAAUCCUCGCAACUCAUCCGACCUGGGCAUUGAAAGAGGCAAGCACGACAGUGUGUGUAACCAACUCCAAUGCCGAUGCGGCCAGUCCCCUCAUAGUUGCUGGCUACAAUGUGUCUGGCUCUGUCCGAAGUGAUGGGGAGCCCAUGAAAGGGGUGAAGUUUCUUCUCUUUUCUUCUUUAGUAACUAAAGAGGAUGUCCUGGGCUGCAAUGUCUCACCAGUGCCUGGGUUCCAGCCCCAAGAUGAGAGUCUGGUGUAUUUGUGCUACACGGUCUCCAGAGAAGAUGGCUCAUUCUCCUUCUAUUCAUUGCCAAGUGGGGGCUACACUGUGAUUCCGUUCUAUCGAGGGGAGAGGAUUACCUUUGAUGUGGCACCUUCCAGACUUAACUUCACAGUGGAGCAUGACAGCUGAAAAUCGAGGUAAGGCUUUCCUCCCGUGUUCCACGUCAUGGGAUUCUCCGUCACCGGGAGGGUCUUGAACGGACCCGAAGGAGAUGGUGUUCCAGAAGCAGUAGUCACCCUGAAUAACCAAAUCAAAGUUAAAACAAAAGCUGAUGGCUCAUUCCGCCUUGAGAACAUAACCACAGGGACAUACACCAUCCAUGCUCAGAAAGAGCACCUCUACUUUGAAACGGUCACCAUCAAAAUUGCACCGAACACACCUCAGCUGGCUGACAUUAUUGCAACAGGGUUCAGUGUCUGUGGUCAGAUAUCAGUCAUUCGCUUCCCCGACACCGUCAAGCAGAUGAGUAAAUACAAAGUUGUCCUGUCAUCUCAAGACAAGGACAAGUCUUUGGUCACCGUGGAGACGGAUGCUCAUGGAUCAUUUUGUUUUAAAGCAAAACCAGGGACUUACAAAGUUCAGGUGAUGGUUCCUGAGGCAGAGACCAGAGCAGGGCUGACAUUGAAACCCCAGACGUUUCCUCUUACUGUGACCGACAGGCCCGUGAUGGAUGUGGCCUUUGUACAGUUCUUGGCAUCAGUUUCUGGGAAAGUCUCUUGUUUGGACACCUGCGGUGACUUGCUGGUGACUCUACAGUCCCUGAGCCGCCAGGGUGAGAAGCAGAGCCUCCAGCUCUCCGGCAAGGUCAACUCCAUGACUUUCACCUUUGACAACGUGCUCCCUGGAAAAUACAAAAGUAAGAAUUGGAAUGCAACAUCCUGUGGCCCUCACACACUUCUUGUCUUUCGCUGGACAAGCAUGGAGGAGUCCAGCCCUGAGGUGACCGCCACCUUGUCUGCACAGCCCACUGGCUGCUUCUGUUAA